AUGGGCAAACGCAAGGUCGGAGCGCUCGAAAAGGUCGAGGCUGAUCUUUCAAAUUUGCAGUACAAAAUUCGUCGCGAUCCCAGUUCCUACCAGGAUGACUUCGAGAACCAGUACCUGCAAUAUGAAGUGUUCCGCGACGUCUUCCUCGACACGCCGACGUCGCGCGACGAGAACGGCCUCGUUUCGCUCAAGGACCAGAUCGAUUUUGUCGCCCACGUCGCCGACUGCUACCCCAAGCUGACGGCGAGCUUUCCGGACGACCUGGUAAAGCUGUUGAUGCAGCACCAUGCUGAGCUGGAGCCGGAUCUGCGGGACAAGAUUGUUGGGAGUCUGGUGUUGCUGAAGAACAAGGACGUGAUCGACUCGGCGAAGCUGCUCAACACGCUGUUUCCCAUCCUCGUUACUACGCCCAGUAAGAACCUCAGAGCGCUUCUCUUCCAGAAGAUCCUCUCCGAUCUGCGCUCCGCCAAUUCCAAGGCUACCAACCACCGUCUCAAUCGCACCAUUCAGACUGUGCUCUUCAACCUGCUGAGUUCGGAUCGUACAUCCUCCAAGGGCAUAUGGGCCGUCAAGCUCACUCGCGAGAUGUGGAAGAGGCAGAUCUGGACGGAUGCGAGGACUGUGGAGAUUAUGAAGGAGGCCAGCUUGUCGGAAAACGAAAAGGUUGUUGUCGGCGGUGUCCGCUUUUUCUUGGGCGGCGAUAAAGAGAGAGAGGAGGCGGCCGAGGACGACAGUGAUGAAGGCUCGGAUGUCGAUAUGGGCAAGCUGAAGCACCAAAUUGGCAUCAACAAGAAAACCCGGAAGAAGGAGAAAGAUCUUAAGAAAGCCGCAGCUACGGUUAAGAGGAAAGAACGCAAGAAGAACGCGCCUCAUCCACUCAACUUCUCCGCCCUUCACCUCCUGCACGACCCGCAAGGCUUCGCUGAGGCUUUGUUCUACCGCCACCUCCAGAACCAAAAGUCCAGGCUCAACCUCGAGCAGAAGCUCCUCAUCCUCAAUCUCGUGUCCCGGCUUGUCGGUCUCCACCAAUUGACCGUCAUCAGUCUUUACUCCUACUUCCUGAAAUUCCUCACCCCCAAGCAACCUUCGGUGACAUCAUUCCUUGCAUCCCUCGCACAAGCCACGCACCCGCUGGUACCCCCGGAUGUCCUCGAGCCCCUCAUCCAGAAGAUAGCCAACGAGUUCGUCUCGGAAGCCGCAGCAUCCGAAGUGGCAUUCGCAGGACUGAACGCUAUCCGUGAGGUCUGCGCUCGGCAACCACUCGCCAUGAAUGACACGUUGUUGCAAGACUUGGUCAUGUACCGCAAGAGCAAAGACAAGGGCGUUAUGAUGGCAGCCAAGGGCUUGCUCAGCUUGUACCGGGAAGUCGGUGCAGAGAUGCUGAAGAAGAGGGACAGAGGCAAGGAGGCAACCAUGGGUCUGAAGGCGGGCGAACGCAAGGAGCAAAGAUAUGGUGAAAUGAACGUGGGCGGUGGCAUCGAAGGCCUGGAGCUGCUGGAGAAGUGGAAGCAGGAAGAAAGGAGGAAAAAGAGGAUCGAAAAGGGUCUGGAUCCCGACGGGCCCGACGACGAAGACGAACAAGCCGAAGACGAGGACUGGAAGAACUGGGACGUGUCGGAAGACAGCGACGACGAUUCGGAGGGCUGGAUCAACGUGGAGCAAGACGGCGAGGACAUCAACAUCAGCGACAGCGAAGAUGAGGAUGGCAAGCCGCCAGCGAAGAAGGCAAAGAAGGGGCCAGCAACGGCCGAGGAGCAGGCUGAGGCGGCCAAGACAGCCGAGGAUAAGGCGGUGGCUGAAGCGGCAGCGGCCAAGGCGGCCGAGGAGGCGGCCCUCGCGUUUGCAACGACGCGCAUCCUUACGCCGGCGGACCUGGCGAAGCUGCAGGAGCUGCGGCUGGAGGCGUCGGUGAAAGCGCACCUACCUGCGCACAGGCGGAAGGCUGCCGCGGCGAACGAGGCGGCGGCACGGCACGCAGAUGACCCGUUGACGGCGGAGCAGAUUGAAGGCCUAGCCGGGCUGGGGAACAGGAAGACGAAGGAGGAGAAGGUGGCGAUGGCUAGGGGUGACAGGGAGGGUGAGAAGCACCAGAGCACGACGGCCAAGCGGAAGGAGAAGAAGGUGGCGCAGGGGAAGAGCACGACGAACAAGGAGAAGGCGCGGCAGAAGAACUUCUUGAUGACGUUGGGCAAGGCGAAGGCGAAGGGGAAGAGGAGCUUGACUGAUACGAAGAAGAUUCUGAAGGGACAUCUGGAUAGGCAGAAGAGGGGAGGCAGGAGGGGAAAUAAUAGUUAG